CUCGCUUUGAUUUUAAUAUCUCGUUGUGCACUUUACGCAAAAAGAUUUUUUUCAAAUCUUUUUCUACGCUCCCGUGCUAAUGGAUUGAUAUGGUUUUUAUUUCUUUUUCUUUUUUUUUUUUUUUAUUUAUUUUAUUUUAACAUUCAUAUAAUGAUGUUACAACGGAAACAAUUUGUUUGAGAAUGCAGGAAAGAGAAAAAUAUUAUUACGAAAAUGGUUCGUUCUAUGAUUUUUGUAUGUAUAAUAAUUCUUUUUACGAAGAUUUAACACCAACAGAAGUGAUCGAAGCACAAAAACGUGCGGACGCUAAAAGAAGUGCUGAGGAGGCGGCUUCAAAAAUACGAGAGGAACGAGAAUUAGAAGAACGUAAGAAAGAACGUGAAAGAAAAAUGAUGGAGUGGACGGAAUUGUUAGAAAAAUUGCAAGAAGAAGAAGAAGAAAAGUUUUGUAUUAUGGGUCAACCGCUUCGACAUUAUUUAGUUCGAUACGUGUUUCCAACAUUGACAAAGGGUCUUAUAGAAGUUGCAAAAUUACGACCGGAAGAUCCAGUAGAUUUUCUAGUACUAUAUUCUACUAACAUUUUUAUUCGCACAUAUAUAUAUAUAUGUGUGUGUGUGUGUAUGUGCAUUCAUCGAUUUGAAAAAAAAAAUUAACAAAUUUUAAUGAAGCUUUUUCUAUUUUCGACCUUGUUUUCACGCGUCGGCAAAGUAACAACAUAAAUUUAAAGAGA